UCGAACGUGUAGUCAGCGCCCGCGCGCCACUCUAACUUACUCGUCGACGACACUAUACGAACGCGUAAAGUUUCACGGUGGGACGAAAUCGCGUGGUUCCAGAUUUGUACCAUAUUCCGCCAACUUCGGGUGAAUACAAUAAUAUUUUGGUUAACAUUAACAGUUUUUCAAAUUUUUCGCUUUUUAUUUUUUUCCCGGGAUCAUUUUGAUUUUUUUUUCAAUUGGAUAACACGUCAUUUCGUCUAGGCAGACGUCUCAUACCGAACUAUUACAUAUGCGUCGUGGGACUUAGAACAUCGAUCAGACUAACUGGUGACUGCAGAAUAACUGAUACUAGUCGAUUUUCGUGAAUUAAAAAUUGAGUCAAAUAUCUAACGGGAAGAUAAAAUGCGACCUCUAUAGGAGGUUUAACGGGCAGUGAUGCUGUUUUUCACAUUUAUUGUCUGUGCAAUAGCCAUCAACAAUGUUUCGUCGAAAACAGGAUACUUUUGGCACAUCACCGAUAUACAUUAUGACGUGAAUUACGCAGCCACCGGCGAUUACGCACAAAGUUGCAAGCGGUCGGCGGUCGAUCCGGAACUAUUGGUCAUGGAACGGCCCAGUCUACCGUCCGGCGGCGGUAGACUGGGCGACUACGGAUGCGAUUCGCCGUGGACACUGGUCCAGUCCGCUGUGAAAGCAAUGAAGGAGAAGCACGGGGACAACAUCGAAUUCGUGCUAUGGUCCGGAGACUCCGUGUCGUCAGACGUAGUGGACAUGCAUACCCGCGUGAUGGCUAUCCAGAACGUUACUAACCUCCUCAUCCAUACGUUUAGCAGCCAGUUCGUAUUUCCGGUGCUGGGCCACGAUGACCCAGGUGCCAUGAAAAACCAGUUGAUAGACUACACGAGUCUUGGACACUAUUGGCGGCAGUGGUUACCCACCGACGCCAUACAGACGUUCAACAAAGGAGGUUAUUAUACGAUCGAGCAAAAAGGAAAUAAACUUAGAAUAAUUGCGCUCAAUUCAAAUGCAUUUUCGACUGUAGAAAGACAGCAGAACGUUGUCAACCCUAUAGAACAGCUCGAAUGGUUGGAAAAAAUCUUAUUGAAAUCAGUCAUGAACAAAGAAACGGUGUAUCUGGUGAGCCACAUGUGCCCGGGAGCCAACGAAAGAGACCAGGACGAGGCACCUACGUUCAAAGACGACUACAGUGCGAGAUACAUGGAAAUGAUCCGGAGGUUUGCGAACAUCAUUGUCGGACAGUUUUGCGGUCAUUUGCACUCCGACACGUUCCGAAUCGUCUACGACCAAAACAAAAAACCAGUAUCGUGGAUGAUGGUGGCUCCGUCGUUGACGCCUAACAAGUCUCCUGGCGUUUCCAACAACCCUGGCUUGAGACUGUACAAAUUCAACACGAAUUCGGGCCACAUUAUAGAUUACACGCAGUACUACAUCGAUCUGGAGUCGUCGCCCAACGGCGAUCCGGACGACUGGAGAAUCGAGUAUAACCUAACGCACUACUACGGACUCCACGAAAUCACGCCCAGGUCUCUGCACGCGAUCGCUGAAACGUUCCAAGACGACGAGUCGGUGCAGUUCGACAGAUACAUAGAAGCCAACUCAGUGCGACAGUUCAAACCCAAGGAUUGCAAUCUGGAAUGCAGGCGAGCGCAUUAUUGUGCCGUCACCGAGCUCGACUAUAGUCGGUUUCACAGUUGCGUGGAGACGGCCGCUGAGGCACUUUCCGGGUCGGUUCGUCCACGGAGCGGGGAAGCUCUUUUCACAGCAGCCGCCCUGCUUACCGUCGUGAUGCUGACACGGCACUGCCGCCACUAGCCACUGCUAACACCGCCGACAACGCAAACAAAGUCUUCGGAGACGUCUUACUCACGAAAACGUAUAAUAAUAUUACAACAACAGCAAAGGUCGACUCGACGUUUUUCUCUAUAUCUUUCUCUUUUUAUAUAUAUAUAUAUAUAUAUAUAUUUAGCUCUCUUUCUCUCUCUCUCGCUCUACUUGUCUCGAUCUCUCGGUUACAAAUCUCUGUGUGUAUAUAAUAUUUAAAAAAAUAAACUCGCGUCAGACGUGUCACGACUUCCGUCAUCGAAAUCGCUUCUCGACGAUCUAUAAAAUAAAUAUAUAUAUAAUACGACGAUAUUCUAUAAUGCAUUACGAUAUAAUAUACGCUCCCUCUCACCAUCCGUACCCUCCCUUCCCCGACGACCAUAGACUUCAAACGCUCGUCUGUUCCCGCUACUGCGUUGAACGCCGCGCGAGACAACGGAACGAGAGCUAUUUUUUCCAAAUCUUACUACGACGCCGAGUUUGAUUUAUUCCACGUCCAUAUCCGUUGGAUUUUACGUUUGCAGCUGGGACACCUCUAUACACGACUAGGAAGGUUUAUUAUUAUUAUUAUUAUUAUUUUCCCACGUCGAACCCGCCAGUUUUUUCCUCUCAACUAGACGUCUUGGAUCGUAUAUUUUACCUCCGCAGAUCAACACGCUGCGAUAACUUAUUAUUUUUACAUCCGUUAACGAGAAAAUAUGAUGCUCAUCCUACAUAUAUAUAUAUAUAUACGUAGUUAUAUUAUAUUAUGCGGUUCAGGGCGAUUUUUUUUCCGCACCGAUCAAUCUGCCUGAGAUAUUUUACCCUGUCCGUUUAAAUAAGUCCGUCAUAAUAAUGCACUGCACAAUUUUCAUACUACCUUUUAUUUCCUAUUGCCGUAGCCAUCGUUCAAUAACAUCAUGAUUUCUGUGUAAUAUAUUAUACUCGGAAUCCGUGGGUACGUGGAGUGGCAUUGCGUGGAGCGCACUAUUCAAAUGAAACCAAACUUUCGUUUUAUAACGUAAUUAGCACGCCAUAGCAUAUCAUACAAUUAUAUAUUUUAAAGUUAAAGCCGUUUUGUCUGCCUUUUCAGGAAAAUAAAUAUUUAAUUAUCGUAUCAUCGCGUAAUGAAAACACUCAAAAUCAGCUCUUUCAGGAUAAAAAAAUAAUAUUCUAAAAUAACCUGUUAUAGUAAUAA